AACCCCAGAAAUGUAAGCUAACCGACCUCAAGAAGAUAAGGUUACCAGCGAUGCUCAUGAAACUGUCCUGUUUCCUCUUUGUAUGCUUAUCAUGGCAGUGAUAGCUCCCACUCAUCCCCUACCGCGAUACUCGCAUGGCACCCCCCUUCCUCUAUUUAAAACCAAUUUGCAAUUAUCUCUUCCCUGAUCUCCCCUUCUCGACUGGUCUUCAUCCCCUCAUUCCCUUCAAAACUUCUUGCGCUUGCCGCUUCUUCUUCUUCGCUCCCUUUCCCGCUUUCUCUGCUGCCUACUCAACUUCAAGGCCCCAUGCCGGCAAGGUGGUUGAAAAAAUUCCCAAAAGAGAAUCUUUCCACGCGAAGAGGCUCGUGCUAGAGAAAAAUGCAGACUAUCCGCCUACAAAUGCGGGUUCUGAAGGAAAUAAAGGUGUUCUUCUUGCUGGCUAUCCUUCCCUGAGGUUGAGAAAGGAAGAAGGGGAUGAAAUUUUGAAGAAAGAUAUUGGCUUUAACUAUGAGAUCAAGAAGAAGAAGAAGAGUCAUAAAGCAAAGCUCAGUUCGGAAGAAGUUGAGUUUAGGAUUGGGUUGGAUAUGUGCUCAAAGACCGGGGAUGCAUUGGGAGCUAUCUCUCUGUAUGACACAGCAGUUGAAAAAGGUUUCAAGUUGCAGCAGUAUCACUAUAAUGUGCUCUUGUAUCUUUGUUCUUCUGCAGCAAUUGGUUUUAUUUACCCUGCAAAGAGUGGAAGUGUUAGUUGUAGUUCUACCGACAAGGCUUCAGAUGAUGAUUCAAUGUUGCAAACUUUAAGUAAGCAGAAAGAUUUUGGAAGCUUGAAGACGCCAAAUUUGCAGUUUAAAGAGAGUUGUUCAGAAGAUUAUGGAGCUGAAUCUUUUGAUGGUGAAAUAUUUAAAAUUAUGGAGAAGAAUACUGGUGUGGUUUCUCUUAUAUUAAGUGAUGAUAUGAGAACCUAUGCAAGAAGAAGGGGGUUUGAGAUAUUUGAGAAGAUGCGCUUGGAGAAAGUUCCAAUGAGUGAAGCAGCCAUGACAUCGGUUGCUCGAAUGGCCAUGUCCAUGGGGAAUGGAGACAUGGCAUUCGAGGUUGUAAAACAGAUGAAGGAGAUGGGGAUAACUCCCAGGCUUCGGUCAUAUGGUCCUGCAAUCCUUGCCUUUUCCAGUAAGGGAAGUGUAGACAAAGCAUUUGAAGUAGAAAGACACAUGAUUGAAUCAGGAAUCACCCCUGAAGAACCUGAGUUGUUGGCACUUCUUAGAGCCAGUGUUUUAGCUGGAAGAGGAGAAAAGGUCUAUUACUUGCUUCACAGGCUUAGAACUAUUGUGAGGCAAGUAUCUCCAUCUACAGCUGAUGUAAUUGAUGAAUGGUUUAAGAGUUCGAUUGCUUCUAGAGUAGGAAAGAGAAAAUGGGACAGAGAGGCUAUAAAACAAGUUGUAGAAAAUAAUGGUGGGGGAUGGCAUGGCUUGGGGUGGUUGGGUAAGGGAAAAUGGAUGGUCUUGCGAAGCCAUGUUAAUGAUGAAGGUGUUUGUUCGGUUUGUCAAGAGCAGUUGGUUAAUAUAGAUCUUGAUCCUGUUGAGACUGAAAAUUUUGCCAAGUCUGUAGCGUCUAUAGCAAUCAAGAGGGAUAGGAACUCAAACUUUGAGAAAUUUCAAAAAUGGUUGGAGUACUAUGGCCCUUUUGAAGCUGUUAUUGAUGCUGCAAAUGUUGGCCUUUUCAAGCAACGGCGGUUUUCGGUAAAUAAGGUAAAUGCUGUUGCUAAUGGCAUAAGGCAAAAACUCCCGUUAAAGAAGCCGCCUCUUAUCAUAGUGCAUAACAAGCGCCUUUUUGGAAGCAAGAUGAAUGAACCCUUCAAUAAGAAACUAUUAGAGAAAUGGAAAAAUGCUGAUGCUAUUUAUGCAACUCCUACAGGAUCAAAUGAUGAUUGGUACUGGUUAUAUGCAGCUAUAAAAUGCAAAUGCUUGGUUGUUACCAAUGACGAGAUGAGAGACCAUGUUUUCCAGGUUCUAGGAAAUGAUUUCUUCCCUAGAUGGAAAGAAAGGCAUCAGGUGCGCUUCAAGCACCAAGAUGGCAAUUUUCAGUUUCUAAUGCCACCUCCAUGCUCUAUUGUCAUCCAGGAAUCAGAGAGAGGCCAUUGGCACAUUCCUAUAGCAGAUUGUGAACAAGGGUCAAACAGAGCCUGGAUGUGUGUGACAAGGGCAAGCUCAAACACUAUGGAAGCAGCUUCACCGACUCCUUUAAAAGGCUUGUUUGAUGAUAACAUUAAUGAGAUUACUGCUUCAGAUGAUCAAAUUGCAAAGCGAUUUAGUUCCUCAUCUGAUGAAAACCAUACAAAAGGCAGCCACUUUCCUUCCAAGCUUCUUCCACCAAAGAACAUCAAAAAAAGAUCUCAGAUGUUUACUGCUUCCAACCAAUUUCCAAAGCUUCAAAUCUUCUCUGCUAUUGAAGCUGCAGAGAAGAUUGCAGGCUGUGUUAUCGAUUUCCAAAUCUAGCAGAGACCAUAGUGUUAACUUGUACAGCACCAACUAAUAAUUUCAGGGGAGAUUAUGUAAGAAAAUAAUUUGGGCAGAACUCUAUUAAUAGAGAUUUUAUUUCCACGGUUCACUGCUUCCUGGUGAUUGUUCCCCAGUAAAGCAUAAUUUUGUAACUUGAAGCUGUUUUGUAAGAUGAAAUCUAUGUUAAGUUGAAACUCUUCCAGUGCUGCAGAACAUUGUAACUUAA